AUGGACCAAUCACCCAGCCUCUCGCAGAAGACGUAUCCGCAAACAGUAAACCCGGUGACAACCCAACCCACAGCGGGCGCAGCUAGAAGCUUCAUUCACGGAGUUUCCAUGCCCGCCAACGCAAAUAACGAGCACCAGCCUGGUUCUGGGGCAUCGCACAUCCGAGGAGGUGGUGCCGCGAAGGACUGCUGCAUCGGUGUUUUAGGAGCUUUUAGUGUUGUGAGGUUCGGAGACGGUUGA